GCUCGGGGCUGCCCGGCGCCGGGAAGCACGCGGGGGCGAGGCGAGGCGGCCGCCGGCCGCUCCGGGACGCGGACCGCCAGGAGUUGAACAUCACUCCCAUCUGCGGAAAACUGGUAACAUCUCAGAGGAGCCCUUGCUUCUUCCGGGACGCCCAGCAUCAUGGUUUCUUAUUUCAUGCGGUCUCUCAGUGUCCUGGGUUCCCUCCUGCUGCUUGGAUUCCAGCUCGUCUGCCCACAGCCCUCCACUGAACACAGAAAGGUCCCGCAGCGGAUGGCGGCGGCCCAGGGCGCCCCCGAAGACGGCGGCGGCGGCGGCCAGGGCGUGUGGGGCGCCUGGGGGCCCUGGUCCGCCUGCUCGCGCAGCUGCAGCGGCGGCGUGAUGGAGCAGACGCGGCCCUGCCUGCCCGGCUCGUCCCGCGCGCGCGGGGCCCUGCGGCCCGGGGCGCCCCAGCGCGCCUUCGCGGGCCACGUGGUGUCGGCCGUGCGCACGUCGGUGCCGCUGCACCGCAGCCGCGACCGCGGGGAGCCGCGCGCCCCCGCCGCCCCCGACGCCAGCCGCCAGGGCCCGGGGCCGAGGGGCAGCCGGCACCCGCAGGCGCGGGGCCGCGACCCCACGGCGGAAAGAAGGAGCAGGACCCGCGGUCCCAUCGGCCCUGGCAAGUACGGAUAUGGCAAGGCCCCGUACAUCUUACCACUGCAGACGGACUCUGAACACUCGCCGCAGAGGCUUCGGAGGCAGAGGCCCUCGGCCCGGCAUUCCAGGUCCCAGGGGGCAUCUGGUCCUAGCCACGGCUAUAGCCCGUCAGCCCACCGGGCUCCCCAGCACGGGCCUCUGUACCAGAGUGACAGUGGCCCUCGCUCUGGACUGCAGACCUCCGACGCCUCCCUCUACCAGAUGCCUUUGACCCACGACGGAGGCUUUCCGGCAGCUUCGAGUCUCUUCCAUGGCCCGGAAAUAAGCAGCAGCCACGGCAUGGGGGCCCACGGGGCAGCUCAGAGCUUCUCACAGCCUGCCCGGUCCACAGCCAUUUCCUGCAUCGGGGCCUAUCGGCAGUACAAGCUAUGCAACACUAACGUGUGUCCAGAAAGCAGUAGAAGUAUCCGGGAGGUUCAGUGUGCAUCCUACAACAACAAGCCAUUCAUGGGCCGGUUUUAUGAGUGGGAACCGUUUGCAGAAGUAAAGGGCAAUCGGAAGUGUGAGUUGAACUGCCAGGCGAUGGGCUACCGCUUCUAUGUCCGGCAAGCCGAGAAGGUCAUUGACGGUACCCCCUGUGACCAGAAUGGCACGGCCAUCUGCGUGUCUGGGCAGUGCAAGAGCAUUGGCUGUGACGACUACUUAGGCUCCGACAAAGUUGUGGACAAAUGCGGGGUGUGUGGAGGCGAUAACACAGGCUGUCAGGUUGUGUCAGGCGUGUUCAAGCAUGCCCUCACCAGCCUGGGCUACCACCGAGUUGUCGAGAUUCCCCAAGGAGCCACCAAAAUCAACAUCACCGAGAUGUACAAGAGCAACAACUAUUUGGCUUUGCGAAGUCGUUCUGGCCGCUCCAUCAUCAACGGGAACUGGGCAAUUGACCGGCCAGGAAAAUACGAAGGUGGAGGGACCAUGUUCACCUACAAGCGUCCAAAUGAGAUUUCGAGCACCGCUGGAGAAUCCUUUUUGGCCGAAGGCCCCACUAAUGAGAUCUUGGAUGUCUAUAUGAUACACCAGCAGCCUAAUCCGGGAGUCCACUAUGAGUACGUCAUCAUGGGGACCAACGCCAUCAGCCCCCAGGUGCCUCCUCACAGGAGACCAGGGGAGCCCUUCAACGGCCAGCUGGUAACGGAUGGGAGGAGCCAGGAGGAGCGAGAAGAGAAAGAGAGGACCGAGGAGAAGGAAGGAGAUGGUGGGGCGCCUGAAGUAUUCACCUCAGGAUCAGCGCAGGCCUUCCCAGUCAGGCAUCCCGAUGGAUUUUCUCCCCAUCGACCGGACGAUUUGGUGCCGGCGGCACCGCAGUCCCCACGACGAAACCGGGACCACAACUGGAAGCAGCUCGGGACCACAGAAUGCUCAACGAGUUGUGGGAAAGGAUCGCAGUUCCCGAUUUUUCGCUGUGUACACAGAAACACCCACGAAGAGGUUCCCGAGAGCUACUGUGACUCCAGCAUGAAGCCGACCCCUGAGGAGGAACCCUGCAACAUCUUCCCUUGCCCAGCCUUCUGGGACAUCGGAGAGUGGUCCGAGUGCAGCAAGACCUGCGGCCUGGGCAUGCAGCAUCGCCAGGUUCUGUGCCGCCAGGUGUAUGCCAACCGCAGCCUGACGGUGCAGCCCUACCGCUGCCAGCACCUGGAGAAGCCCGAGACCACCAGCACCUGCCAGCUCAAGAUCUGCAGCGAGUGGCAGAUCCGGACAGACUGGACCUCGUGCUCAGUGCCCUGCGGGGUGGGACAGAGGACUCGAGACGUGAAGUGUGUGAGCAACAUCGGGGACGUGGUUGAUGAUGAGGAGUGCAACAUGAAGCUGCGGCCCAACGACAUUGAGAAUUGCGACAUGGGGCCCUGCGCGAAGAGCUGGUUCCUCACCGAGUGGGGCGAAAGGUGCUCAGCGGAGUGUGGGGCUGGAGUGCGGACACGCUCAGUGGUGUGCAUGACCAACCACGUCAGCAGCCUGCCCCUGGAAGGCUGUGGGAACAACCGGCCAGCGGAGGCCACCCCGUGUGACAAUGGACCCUGCACGGGCAAGGUGGAGUGGUUUGCGGGGAGCUGGAGCCAGUGUUCCAUCGAGUGUGGGAGUGGGACCCAACAGAGGGAGGUGAUUUGUGUUAGGAAGAACGUAGACACCUUUGAAGUGUUGGACCCAUAUGAAUGUUCCUUCCUGGAAAGACCCCCCCGCCAGCAGUCAUGCCACCUCAAGCCUUGUGGGGCCAAAUGGUUUAGCACAGAAUGGAGCAUGUGCUCCAAGAGCUGCCAGGGUGGCUUCCGGGUCCGGGAAGUGCGCUGCCUGUCAGAUGACAUGACCCUAAGCAAUCUCUGUGACCCUCAGUUGAAACCAGAAGAGAAAGAAUCUUGUAACCCUCAGGACUGUGUCCCUGAAGUUGAUGAAAACUGCAAGGACAGGUACUACAACUGCAACGUGGUGGUCCAGGCGCGACUGUGUGUCUACAACUACUACAAGACGGCCUGCUGUGCCUCCUGCACGCGUGUGGCCAACAGGCACCCGGGCUUCCUGGGGAGCAGAUAACAAACCCGCUCCGCGGCAGUCGGGCGGUCGGGGAGUCUGUCGGCGGUGGGACUGGCUGGCCGCUGCUCCGCCAGAGGCUUCCAGGCCGCCAGCCAGCGUAGUCACCACCCCACCUUCGGCAAAGCAGACACGUCGUGCCCAGGAGCCAGGCCACGGUUGUCCUUUAGCAUCACCAUAAACUGAUGAUCCCUCCUUGGGAAACCUGGCGCCUGGUAAGGUGCCAUCUGAAAACCACGCAGUGGGGGGCGGGGUGCAUGUAGCUCUCAGUCAACUCCCGUGCCAGCACUUUCUAAGUCACUGAAGGGGCGCUGCCUCGUCCAUGGUGCGACUGCCCUUUUCAAUAUCGGGGCCCCUUGGGGAGUCAGAAGAGGCAGCUCCCACCCCGGAGCCCCACCAAGCCUUGCUGAGACGCCUGCUUCCCACUGUUACCUCAGCCUGGCUGUGCCUAUUUUUAUUCUCAAAGACAUUAGGCUUUUUCCUGCCUUAUGACACAAAUAUCUCAUGUCAAUAUAGUGCUUUAUUGUUUCACAGGUGUAUUCACAGGUACUAGAUCAUUAGCGGCCCUCGAAGCCCCAGAAUGGAAGCCAGGGAACGAAUCAUUAUCCCCAUUUUACUGACAAGGAAACUGAGGCUCAAUUUGUGUAACUGACCUGCCAGGUACAUUCACCCGUUCGGUGGCAGAGUUGAGUCCGACCCCUGUCAUCUGACCAUACAACUCACCCCAAGGCCUGCCCAGAAGCCUUAGGUCUACAGGACAUGGCUUCAUUUCAGACCAAGUGACUGAGAAAUUUCCCCGCUCAGCAAACAAAACCCAGUUUUUGAAUUCUUUCCUCUGGCCAAAGGUCAAGACUGUAUCCACUGCACUCUGUUGUUUCCAAAGUCCGUUUCUGUUUGUCCCUUCCCUGACAAAGUCACAGAUCCUCAUUACAGGACCCUACGCAGGUUUUGUUAAACCCCGUCCUUAACGGAAUUGUCCAUGAGACAAGAAAGUCAAUGGGGUAGCAAGGUGAUGCCUGAAAUUCUGAGUGCAUUCCCCAGUGAUAUGUGUCCUCCCCCCCACCCCCAGGGAACUGCACACCAGGGUCCCUUUGGCCACGGAGCCCUUGUGUCAUAUCUCUGGGCUCUGGGCUUUCCCUCCUUUCGCAGUCACUUCUGGGAUGUUCACCACACAUCACCCAGUGGAGAGUCUAACCAACGUGUCUCAGCAUAAAACCUGUGUUUAUAUUAGAAAGAGUCUCCCUUUGGUUUUUCCAGUUUGAUUUAUGGGUUUCUGUUUUGACUUCCCAUCCCUCCCUCCCACUGUGACUCACAACCUAUACGCACCAUCCCAGACUUGAGCACUAAGAUCUGCAUUCAUAUAGCAGCAGCCAGAAGAGUCUCCUUCAGUGGGCUCCUUCAGUGACAGCCGCAGUGGCAAGAUCCUCCCCGAUGCCCUUCUCCUGACUCUGCAGUUCUAGAGGGCUCGGGCUGCAAGGGGGAUGCAGUGCAUAGGGAAAGGUAAACCACCUGAAAAGCCAAUUAAAAAGAAUAUAUAUAUAUAUAUAUAUGUAUAUAUAUAUAUGGUUGACCCUUGAACAGUUAGGGGGCUUAGGCUGCCAGCCACCCUCUGUGCAGUCAAAAAUCCUUGUGUAGCCUUUGACUCCCCAAAAACUCAACUACUAACAGCCUGUCAUUGACUGGAAGCCUUACCCAUGACGCAAUCAACUCAUAUUUUUACGUGUAUUAUGUAUUAUAUACUAUAUUCUUACAAUAAGGUAAGCUAGAGAAAAGAAAAUGUCAUUUAGAAGAAGCACAAGAGCAGCACCUGGGUGGCUCAGUGGGUUAAGAUUCCAACUUCAGCUCAGGUUGUGAUCUCACAGCUCAGGGGUUCGAGCCCCGCGUCGGGCUCUGUGCUGACAGCUCAGAGCCUGCAGCCUGCUUCCGGGUUCUGUGUCUCCCUCUCUCUGCCCCUCCCCUACUCGUUCUCUCUCUCUCUCUCUCUCUCUCUCUCUCUCUUUCUCUCUCUGUCUCUCUCUGUCUCUCUCAAAAUUAAACCCUAAAAAAUGUUUAAAGAAAGAAAAGAAAAAUCACAAGAAAGAAAAAAUGCAUUUACAAUACUGUACGGUAUUUAUCGGAAAGAAAAAUCUCUGUAUAAGCGGACCCAUGAGAUUCAAACCCAUGUUGUUCAAGGGUUUUAUAUUCUUUCACCAAUUAAGAAAAACUUCAGGCUUAAACAAACUGUAAGCUUAUAGAAAAUCUGUCUUAUUUAGUACCGUGGUCCUGGGCUUAUUUCCCUUUCAAAGCAAACCCGGAUUCUCAGUAACUGAGUUUCUCCCAUGAGCCCUUUAACCCAAAAAUCUGCUAAUUUGACAGUCACUUAAAGCUUUUGGAAACAGUAUCACCAGCCCACUCUGACACACUGUGUUCAGUUGCCACUACCCCUGGGCUUUCAGAAAUUCUGUGUGACCUUUCGUUGGGUCUUAUUCUCUUCUUGGAGAGCCCAGCCGCCAUUUUGCAAAAGCACACCCUUCUCUCCUCAUCUGUACACAGUGUAACUCGUGCAAUGAGCUGCCGGGCAGAGACCCCGGUUCCCAUGCCCACCAAGCAGAGCAGGACCAGAGAAGCCAAGCAUUCGGGUGGUUUCUGUCCAGAGCCCUCUCUCUCCCUGUCACCACCUACUUUUGCAUUUUGUCACAAGAGAAGUGUUGCCUUCAUGCAGCUGCUCUCAGACCUUGCGGAACAAGCCCCCGAUUGGAAGGGUCCCUUGGAGGAAGCUUUCUUUACAUGCUGGAGGGUGGAGGGCAAGAUCAGUGGGUCAAAGAGCAGAAAGGCUGAUUUCACUCAAAUUGAGGGGAAACCUUGGAGCCAUCCAGGCUGCCCCGCAGAGGUCUGGACCACCCUACAUGGGCGACUUUCCAUCCUAACGGGGGUUUCUUCAUCAAGCAAGUCACCACCCCAGGGUGGUCCAACUCUAGAUUCUCAUGACUGGCUGCAUCAAUGCUGGCUUUGUCUCUUUGACAUCUCUUUGGUGUCCUGGGGCCCCCAAACGUUACCUAACAGCUGUGCUAGAGACCGUGAUCUUCCUGUGAGAAUGGCCAUCCUGCCUCUGGUGGAAUUGAGUAGGAGCAAAUGGGUCAGUCCUUUGUCUUCAGGGAGAAACGUACCUAAACUAAGCGUCCUUUUUAUUUUCCAACAAAUAGUUGAGCUGUUCUUGGAAUUCAUUUAUUCCAAUGGAAUGGAAAGGUUAUAAGUUACUAGAACAGGGCGUUUAGCGGCUUAUUUGUCUUUGAAAUCCAGUUUUCACUCAUUUCCUGGUUUAUUGUAUCAACACCUGAAUGCCUUUGUCCUUGGCACAACACUUAUGAUAAGGUCCCUCAGUGUUUCCAGCGAUAAAGUUCCUGGAGGGGUUCAGAGGAAAGCUCAUCUUUUGAUGAUUCUCCCCGCAGAUAGGUCUCUUUCUCCCUUUCCUGGCACUCCCUUAUUUCACCCUCCUUCUCCCAUUAUCUGCUGGCUCCUUCUCCGCCCACUCAUGUUCCCUCAACCAGGGACGUGCAGAAUUGAAAGUUCCAUUUUAAUUCUGCUUUUCUUCUUCCUGUGUACUGAAUCGCCUCGUUCCCUGCCCUGAAUUUUAAAAUUAGACGAAUUGAAGAUGUUCUAUGUUUUUCUCACAAAAGCCAACAAUCUCCAAACAGAAGGAGUUUGGUACUUUACUUCACCCGUUGCAAAAAGGAAAGUGUUUUCCUUGCAGUCCAGGCAAAGGACAUUCAAUGCACUCCAGUCUCCCACCUUCACGCUGACUCAGAUUCCCCCGCCCCAGAAUAGCAUAGGAGAGACAUUAAAGAAAGCUUGUCAACCUGGCCACUAGGUGGAGACGGGAGUCAGCUGAGCACUUUACAGGUGCGUCUGGGCCACUGCCCUCAUGCUAGUAAGGAAAACAAGAGGAGUGAGGCUUGUCCCCACCCUUGAGGAGCGACACUGCUGGCAGGAGCUCUCAGAACUGUCCCCAUCUGUCCCUUUUCCCCUUGCCUCUCUGCUCAGGGCUCUUGGAAUGUUGUGACUGCUUCAUUUCCUUGAGUACAUGUCAUCUGCUUAUCCUCAAAGUCUUCAGCAUUUGACACUUGCCUUUAAAAAGAAUGGCCUUGGGGCACCUGGGUGGUUCAGUUGGUUAAGCGUCCAACUUCUGCUUAGGUCAUGAUCUAGCGGUUGGUGGGUUCGAGCCCCGCAUCCAGCUCUGUGCUGACAGCUCAGAGCCUGGAGCCUGCUUCUGAUUCUGUGUCUCCCUCUCUCUCUGCCUCUCCCCUGCUCACACUCUGUCCUCUCUUUCAAUGUUUAAAUAAACAUUAAAAGGGGCGCCUGGGUGGCUCGGUCGGUUAAGCAUCCGACUUCGGCUCAGGUCACGAUCUCACAGUCCGUGAGUUGGAGCCCCGCAUCGGGCUCUGUGCUGACAGCUCAGAGCCUGGAGCCUGUUUCAGAUUCUGCGUCUCCCUCU